AACACUGCAGCAGCAGCAGCAGUGACAGUGGAGGCAGAAUGUUGCAAGCAGGCAGGGUCAUGGUCCUGACCACCUGCUCCUCUUAUUCCUGGCCCUGCAAGCUCAGAACACCCAGAGUGCUCAAAUACCUGAGCAGGGAGCAGUUGUGGACACAGAGAGUGCUCUUUCAGCCCCUGAGCUAGAGCCAGAUUCCAUGCUGAUUCCAAGCUGGUAUCUCAAGCGGAAGAAUGAUGACAAGGUCCCUGAAGAAAUCCCUGAAGGAGUCCCUGAAGUUCCAGAGGAGCUCCUGACAGCCUUGGAUGAUGCCUCAUCUGAGACAGAUUCUGAGUCUGUGCUGGAGACACUUCCUAUGGAAGAAAGUGACAGCGUGCCAGGCUCAGAUGAUGAAACAGAACCAAUACGGGACACCAGCAUGCUUGCUGAGUCUGAGGAAGAUUCCGGGUCAGCUACUGUGCAAAAAGCCAAGACUGCUGGAUACUGUGACCCGAGCAAGUACUACAUCCUAGGGACAGUAACAGCCUUAGCUUUGAUUCUGCUUGGGGCAAUGUCUGGGUAUAUAGGCCUGUAUCAGCUGCUGAAGAGAGGCAUGAAGACUCGGGAAGACAAAGAAGCACCAGGAGAAGUCUACACUGACUCUUCCUGGGAAAGCCAUGGUCAGCCUGGAGGUAUAGGUGAAGCAGAGUCAGGAGAAGGAUCAGGAAGGGGCAGGAGAGCCCAAGUCAACAGGUUCAGGGACAGCUGCCACGUAUUUCCUGAGGUCUUUGCAGCAGAGCUUGCCCAGCUGUACAAGAGCAUGGGUGCAGACCCCUCACCUCUGCCCGCAUGUCCCUUCUGUGCUCUGGCUGAUGGUGCCUCUUCACAGGACCACUGGAUUUCCCUGGACUCACCUCAGCCUACACCAUCCUGGUGUCCCUGCUACCAGCACCAGCAGGAAUACUUUAUAUUAGAGGAUGAUGAUUUUUUUAGUGAUAACACAUAAAGAAAUGUAUUUCCAAAACCAAUUAA